AUGUCGUCCGUUGAUAGAGAUUACUUCUACUAUUACGAUUACGCCAUUCAGCCUCGCAACUAUACCUCUACCUCCACCACGCACCUCCACUGGAACUCGCUGACUCGUCUCCUCUUGACGGUCCUGCUACGCAUCGGCUUCGUCCUCGUUCAGAUCGGCAGCGUGCCGGUCAACAAUGUUAAUCUGAUACUCCUUCAAAAUACGGUCGACCUGUGUUGCGUCACCGUCAUGUACUUCCUAACGGGCUUCCUCGUCGCCUACAACGGCGACGUCGCCGGCCUGAUCGGCGCGGGCCACUGGAUCGGUGAUCCAGCUAUCGACAGGAACGAGGCAAUUGUGGGGUGGCAGGCGGUGGCAAUCGCUUCGGCGAUUUGCACCACCGCCGUCGCGGGUAGAAUGCACCCGGCGGGAUAUCUGCUGGUGGGUGCCCUCUUAUCAGGCUUGAUCCAACCGUUGCUCAUUCACUGGACAUCGUUGGGAUGGAUGGCGGAGAACGAAUUAGGUGGAAGGACCGUGACUUUCAAGGACCAAGCCGGCGCGGGGGUGAUUCAUAUCGUCGGAGGACUCUCCGGCCUGAUCGGAUGCGUCGUCCUCGGUAGAAGAAUGUUCAGAUUGAGAGACCUGGACGACGCGAGUAUCACCCCUGGCUCCGCGGGAACUGUUUUCGGAGGUCUACUGUUGAUCUUCGCCGGGCUUCAAGAUUUGUGCACGAGCGUGCACAACCGCGACAAGUACCGAACGUUCGCACGGGACCCGUCGCACGCGUACAUUAACAACUUACUAGCCGCGUCCUCGUGCACAUUGAUAAUCGUGGCCCUGCACUUGGUCCUCGGCCGUGAGACCUUCAAUCAUUGGACGCUAAUGAGAUGCGUUCAGGGGACGAUCGCCGGCGUGGUGACAGUGUCGGCCGCGGCGAAUGAUUACUCGCCGCAAAUAGCUAUCGCAUUAGGCUGCCUGGGAGGGAUCGUGUUCUAUCUCGUCUCCACGUGGAUUUUUCGCAGCGCUCUGGAGGAUUACUGCAACGUCGUAGGCGUACACCUCGUUUGCGCGAUCCUCGGGAGCAUCCUGGCCCCCUUCUGCUCUGUGCGCCUGGACGAGGAUACCGUGACGAUAUUAUUGAGUUUCUCCUGGCAAUUAAUCUGCUUGGCCGCGUUGCUGGCCUUAGUUGGUGCAGCGAUGCUGCUGAUCUUCGGUAUGCUGGAGUGCUGCGGUAUACUCCGUAAUAGAUCGGAAUGCCUGAAUCACGCGCGGGCCAACGCUGCUGUCGACAGAGGCCCGUCAAGGACGUUCCUGCAAAGAAUCUUCUCCUCCGACAGUGGUUGCUUUUACCUGCAACCGGGCUCGACCUCCAACGCGGAACGUCAUCCAAAUGUCGACUCGAGAUUUUGGAGGUAUCGAGAAGGCGUGGAUAAAGUCGAAGAAGGGAGGUCUAUCGACACGAAUAAAUCGGAUGCGAAUGUCAAAAUUGAAGAUAAUGUUACGAAGAUUCAAGUGCCGGGAGCAAGAGUAAAGAAAGCGAGACAAGUGCAUACUUUAUCUGGAAGUACUCCGAUGUUCAUCGAAGAUCAAGGUGGUACCGGUGAAUCGAUUGGCAAGGAUCUUAUGGAAAUUGGAAGGAAAAGAUUUCUUAAAAAGGAAAUAACAUAUGCUCUAGAUCCUAUCGAAGAAAUAGACGAAGAGCUUUCGAAAGAAUUUGAAAUCAAAGAAACCAGCGCUCAAUCUAAUAUCGACGGUUAUAAUGCUGGGGACAAAAAUCCAAUCUUGACAGAACGUUUUAACAUGUCUGGGGAUCGAAGGGACUUGAACGAAUCGAAUUAUCAGCUUCGAAGAACCAUAAAAUUGAUGAAUUUACAUCACGAAUUUGUCAAGGAAGAUUUGAAAGUUGUGUUGGGACCGAAACGCCUGGAUUCUUCGUCCAGCGAAUCGUGCGACGAUGACACUGUCUUUGCAAAGACGCCAGACUUGAAUGAAUCUACGAGAGAUAUUGCAAUAAACAAUGACUCGUUGAUUUACAGUACAAAUGUAUGAUAAGUAACUGUGUCAGUUGCUGCCAUGACGAGAAAUUUGAUUUAAGUACGCAGAAGAUAUCGACAUAGAAUGACGAAACGGCGAAGUUACUAUAGAAACUAUAUUAAUUUCCCUCGUACUGGAAUAGUCAAGGACGCUGUGCAACUUUGAAAGGGAAAAAGUUGGACUAUAUAUUGCUCUAUCGCAUCGCCCUAAAUUAUAGCGAGAUAUUAGUCUAAGUCUAAAUACUUUUAAAAUGUAACUAUUUUAAAAUUGUUUUCGUCCCAGGAUGUUGAUGCGCAUAAAAUAGCAAGACGUA